GUUCGUUCGUUGCUUGCGUUGCUUGCGUUGCGUUCCGUUGCAUCUCUCCCUGAGAGUGCGUUGACUCCGUUGAGUUUGGCCUGCCCUGCCCUGCCCGUCGCUCCUGCCUCCUGGCUCCCCUCCUGGCUCCCCCUUCCCCUUCUCCUUCGGCUUCGCUUGCCUUUCCCCUUCCAGGCCAAGGUUGUCCUCACAUUCGAUCGAGUCCGUUUCGAGCCCCGUCGAUCAUUUCUCUUACUCCCAAUUCUGACUGAUGCUGUGCCCAAUACAACUUGGCCUCAUCGACCGCAUCUCUUGCUUUUCUGAUCUUUCCGUUGUUCAACGCGCAUGUCAACAGCCUCAUCCACUGCCCCAGUCACAGGAGUGACAGUGAGCACCACCACUACCACCACCACGAUCAGCAACAGUAGCCGAUCUGCAGCGUGCCAAUCCCCGCAAAGCGCAGCACAGCACACAACCACCGCAGCACGAAUCCUCCCACCAGCGACACCAACUCCGACUCCGCAGUGCGAGUCCAGUAUUAUUGAGAGGGACGAGACGACGGCCGCAUAGGAAUUGCGACGCGACGACCAUCAAGAAGAGAAUUUGGUAGUGCCGGCAAGCAUCAUCCAGCGUCACUUGGAAUCUCGUGCGCUCUGGUCAGAGUUCUGAGGGUAGUUGGGUGGAAGAGGAGCAAUCAGCGUUCCGACGAAUGGAACGAUCACGGCCGACUUAUCAACUCGGAAUCCUCUUGCGUUCCCCGUUGGUUCAUCAUGGCGACUCCCAACCCACCCAGUCCGCCAUUGCCAACUAGAGAACAAUGCUUCUCCUUGUCCGAGGCUCAAUGUCACAAGAUCUUGAUGCAUCGCGACCCGAAUAAUGAGAGGGCAAACAAGAACUGGGAACUGGUGCAUCAGCCCGAGUUGGUCCGACUGUACAUGACCAUGAUUAGCUUUCCCCAGAUUCGAGACUACAUGAAGCAAAAAUUGGACUACUGGUGAGUACAUGUAACACCCGUCCGAGACAAUAUCUUACGCUGCUUUCUAGUUACAAGACAUAUGCCAAUCGAUAUAAGGACUGGCAUUUACCCGUCGACCGAUGUGAGCGGGAGCAAGCAGUAAGGGAGCUAUUUGCCUUGGUCUCGGAUUCCUCCAACUACCAAACCGCCACUUCUUCCUUGUCAACAAGUGCAUCCAGGCUACCCAUUCGACCACUACAACCACAUCCUAACACCCCACUUCCGCAAAUCCCGCAACGGGCACCAUACAGUGUACCAACUGAUUUCCUAUUUCCAGCAAAUCGACGACGCAAUGUUCGAGACUCGGAUCAAAUGUCGAUUGCGACGACAGCGAGUAGUGCAACAUGGUCAUCCGGAAGUGCACAAUCCUAUUAUUCUCAUCAGGAUGAUACAUUUUCUAACCCUCGCUUUUCGAUAUCAACAUUCAAUUCCUCUCUCAGUUCCGGCAGUCAGGUUUCCAUGCCCCCAACUUUUCAUGGACGCGGGCCAUUAAAACCACCAAAGCAUGACUACAGGUAUGGCUGUUGGAAUGAUGAACUACGCGUAAUUCCUUGCGGAAAGGAUCACAGCCAACUUCGAUGGAAUAUUCCUUUUUCAACUUGUCAUAUCUGUGGCUUCUCGCAAUGGCACGCACUAAUGUUGCAGGCUCGCAGUUUAGACCUGGCAACCUUUACCUCGGCCAUGAUGAGUUUGAGCAGCGAAUGCAAACCAGACUUUGCGGGCAAUCACUCGUUACAUUUUUUGAUGGCAGCAGGAGUCAGUAUGGAGUAUUUCACACAGCCAAUGACCGAUAUCAGCUGUCGUCAAAAUGCAUUUGGCCAAAAUCCACUGCAUGUGCUUGACCCUCAGGAUUUGGACGACGAUCUGAUUGGUUUUUUGGAGUGGUUUAAAGCUCGUGAGCACCCAAAGGGGCUCCUAUUAACGCAGCGUGAUAUCAAAGGUCGGACACCCAUGCACUAUCUCCUACGGAGACCUCUAGAAAGAUCUAUGUAUACGAAGAUUCUCAAGGUCUUCCCGUAUGAGCAUCACCAGCUUCGUACUUUCGAUACCAACGGCCGAAACGCGCUCAUGUUGAUGAAGCGAGCGGCAGCGGAAUUGAAAAUGAAGUCACCGGCGGAGUAUCAUCUUCUUCAGGCUGGAAUCGCGGAUACCGAACAGUAUCAAGCUAGUGGUGAUAAUACACAACAUGGCGACAGAAACCUGUAUGGUUUCCACGAUAUCGCUCGAGGAGCUAGAGGAACGUCAUACUUGAUGGGAAAUUUCUUCGAAUGUCGAAUUUGUCAGCAAACCAACUCACAUUCUAAUUCAUACCUUGACCAGAUGAUCUGUGCUUGCAAAUUUGGACGCGAUCGCAAUGGGCCGGAUGAGAGUGGAAUGACGGCAGCACACGCUCUCGUGACUCAGGAGCGUGUCAACAACGACCCUGAAAUGACCCCCGAGACUCCUGCGCAAACGGCUCAACUUCUAAAGGUUCUAAUACCGCCACAUGAUAGGACACUUCGAGAGAUUCUUCACGUACUUGAUCGAGACGGCAACAGCUUGGUACACAACAUUGCCGUCAGAGGACUCGACGAGUUGCUGCAGUAUGUGCUAGGUCUUGAAGAGCAAUCGAGGAGACGUUCCAUGGUCAAUGCUUGUAGUAGAAAUCCCAAGGGGCAUUCCGUAAGCGUGCUCGCAGCAGUCCUGGCCAAAAUCGAGGAUACCAUCGCCUCGAUUAAAGUAACGCAUGUCACAGGAGACAGCCGAGUGAAGACCAACCUCGUUGAAAAGAGUCAUCGUCUUACCAAGAUCAAACAUAUCCUCCUCCGAGAAGGUGCAGAGGUACACCCAACCAUCACCACCCGAUGGCAAAUAUGCUGGCCAUCAUGAAUAUAAACCAAAAUGACCCAUGUCAUGGCAAUUCCCAGUCAGCAAAGGUUAAUUUGACACCCAAAAGACUUAGCGGUAAUCCUGCACGCUAUACCACGAUGUAUAUCAUCCCGUCUGUUCACCUGCACAUAUUUACGCCACUUGCCAUCUAUCCAAGGGCUCCAAAGGCUUCACAAAAUCUAGCGAGCGAGUCCAGUCUGUCAUCAUUUGAAGAUACCAAAACAGUCUUUUGUUUUAUGCUACUGUCCGCAGUCAUUAUUAUUCGACGAUUUUCACGACGAUACCCACAUUCUUGUUAUAUAACCUCGUACUGCAGGUUUCUUUCCUCUUAUACCUUAUUUUUUAUUUCUGCACUUUUUCUAUCUUCGUUUUCCACUUCGUUAUCAUUUCAUCUUCAUUUUCGUUUUCAUAUUGACAUUUUCAGAUACCCUUUGUUUCAUUUCCACUUUUUUCGUUUUUAUAUUUUUCUUAGGGAUGGCAUUUUUCUUUCUUCUGAGCACUCGAGUCCUAUCUAUACCAUUUGAUGGGAGUUUCUCUUUUCCUUUGUUUUUCUUUCUUUCCUUUCCUUUUUUAAAAAAAUUAUUUACUCUCUUGUUCCCUUGAAUUGAUAUGCAUUUAUGAAUGGAGGAUCAUCUGUCUUACGUCUGGUUACCUUCUUGCUCUUCUGCUUUCUCUUUUUCAGUCAUUGAAAUGAAGGAUGGAAGGAAAGAAUGGAUAGGAUCAAAAGCGUGUGCUAUUAAUUUAGAUAUGUAUUUGUACCUUGGAGCUUCAUGGGGUGUAUAUAUAUGGCGGUGGAGACAAGGGGGUUGUGUGGAGGAUGUAAGAUGGUUGG